CACCAUCCCAAAAAAUGGCCUUUAUUGUUGGAGUCACAGUACAUGAAUAGCGUGUAAAGAGGCACGGGCCCGCCUUCACUCCUCUAUAAAGUGUACGGUACUUGGCAUGUAUUAUUGUGACUAAAGGAAGGAAACAGCAGCAGUGACCAGACAUGACAGUCAACAUAACCUCGAUUAGCACAUCGUCCAACGGAGUCUGGCAAGGUGAUAAUCCCUUGGAUUUCGCCUUCCCGUUGUUAAUAGUUCAAACUACCUUGAUCCUCGCCCUCAGUCGCUUCCUUGCAUUUCUUCUUAAACCCCUCCGUCAACCCAAAGUCAUUGCAGAGAUUAUUGGUGGGAUUUUACUUGGACCCUCUGCUUUGGGGCGAAACCAGAAUUACUUGCACCGAAUUUUUCCGAGUUGGAGCACUCCGAUACUGGAAUCUGUGGCAAGUAUAGGGCUUCUGUUUUUUCUCUUCCUUGUGGGUCUCGAAUUGGAUCUCAGCUCCAUUCGUCGGAGCGGCAGAAAAGCCCUCAGUAUAGCGACGGUCGGAAUUACUCUUCCUUUUGUCUGCGGCGUAGGGGUCGCCUUUGUACUUCGGAAAAGUGUUGACGGAGCCGACAAAGCCGGUUAUGGUACCUUCCUCGUGUUCAUGGGAGUGGCCCUUUCUAUUACCGCCUUCCCCGUCCUCGCUCGUAUAUUGGCUGAACUCAAACUACUCACCACCCGGGUGGGUGAGACCGCCAUGGCCGCCGCUGCGUUCAACGACGUGGUUGCGUGGAUUUUGCUGGCUCUGGCAGUGGCUCUCGCCGGCGACGGAGAAGGUGGAGAACACAAGAGCCCAUUAAUAUCAGUGUGGGUCCUCCUCUCUGGUGUUGCUUUUGUUAUUUUCAUGAUGGUAGUGAUAAAGCCGGCGAUGAGUUGGGUAGCUCGGCGCUCGCCGGACAGCCACUCAGUAGACGAAGCCUAUAUAUGCUUGACCCUUGCGGGAGUAAUGGUGUCGGGAUUUGUGACGGAUCUGAUAGGAAUCCACUCCAUAUUUGGCGCGUUUGUGUUCGGACUAACCAUUCCGAAAGGAGGAGGAUUUUCAGAAAGACUGAUAGAGAGGAUAGAAGACUUUGUAACAGGGUUACUUCUUCCACUAUACUUUGCGUCGAGCGGGUUAAAGACGAACGUUGCUAAAAUACGGGGUUUGGAGGCGUGGGGACUAUUGGUGCUGGUGAUCACAACGGCAUGUGCAGGCAAGAUUGUCGGAACCUUCGUGGUGGCCAUGAUGUGUAUGAUUCCCGCAAGGGAAUCCCUCACGCUGGGUGUGUUGAUGAAUACCAAAGGCUUAGUUGAGCUUAUUGUUCUCAACAUCGGAAAGGAGAAGAAGGUCCUCAACGACGAGAUCUUUGCAAUUCUAGUCCUUAUGGCAUUAUUCACCACCUUCAUGACAACUCCGAUAGUGAUGACCAUUUACAAACCGGUACGUGGAGGCCCCGCUCGCACUCACCGGAGAUUACGCGACUUCUCCAGCGUUGACAGCUCCAAAUACGACCUCCGAAUCCUGGCCUGCGUCCACGGGCCCGGAAACGUGCCUUCACUCAUCAGCCUCAUAGAGGCUACUCGGAGCGCUAAGAAAUCUCAACUCAAACUAUAUGUAAUGCGUCUGGUUGAGCUCACUGAGAGAUCCUCCUCCAUCAUUAUGGUCCAACGCGCCCGAAAGAAUGGGUUCCCCUUCAUCAACCGCUUCCGCCGGGGCCAGUCAGACGACCGAGUUGAGGUUGCAUUUGAAGCGUACGGUCAAUUGGGUCGAGUCUCAGUGCGACCAACCACGGCCAUCUCAUCAUUAUCCACUAUGCACGAGGACAUUUGCCAUGUGGCUGAAGAAAAGAGGGCGACCAUGGUUAUCUUGCCCUUCCACAAGCAGUGGAAAGGAGAGGGCUACGAGUCGAUGGAGAACAUGGGUAACGGUUGGAGAGGGGUUAAUCAGAGGGUCCUCAAGAACUCGCCUUGUUCGGUGGCUGUCCUUGUGGACCGUGGAUUUGGGAGUGGGCCACAGCAGACACGUGGGCCCACCUCUACUGUCACUCAACGGAUUUGUAUAUUGUUCUUUGGUGGGCCGGAUGACCGCGAGGCUUUGGAGUUGGGUGCAAGAAUGGCUGAGCACCCAGCGGUUAAGGUGACCGUAAUAAGGUUCGUUGAAAAAGACGGUUCAGACAGUAAAGACAUUAUUUUACGGCCUUCUCCAGAAAAAUGCGAUGAGCAGAGCUAUAGCUUCUCAACCGCCGCCAUGGACCGCCAGAAGGAGAAGGAGUUGGACGAGAUUGCGACGGCGGAGUUCAAGAGCAGGUGGGGAGGGUUGGUGGAGUACGUAGAGAAGGUGGCGAGCAACGUCGUGGAGGGAGUGUUGGCAAUAGGGAAGAGUGGGGAUUACGAUCUGGUGGUGGUGGGCAAGGGUCGAUUCCCGUCGACAAUGGUAGCGGAACUGGCGGAACGGCAAGCGGAGCACGCAGAGUUAGGGCCGAUUGGAGACAUAUUGGCGUCGUCGGGACAGGGGAUUGUGUCCUCCGUGCUUGUGAUUCAGCAACACGAUAUAGCUCAUGCAGAGGAAGUUCCGGUGUCUAAGGUAGUCAACAGUAAGGAUGCUACAAGCAACGGUGAUGAUGGACCCUCUAAAAGGAGAGAAGUCACAAAUGACUGUGUGUGACCCAAGAUCAGCCCCUUAUUUGUAAAAAUAAUGUAAUAUUUGAAAUAGAAAUUUUUGUUUCUGUAAUAAAUAUGAUUUCAUCAUUAA